CUAGCAACGGACAAGGUUCAGGCGACGCCGAAUGGCGGGUCAGUCGGGAGGGGGUCGGGCACACACAACCUUGUACCGGAGUCGGAAAGGUGAGAGAGGAGGGCUCUCGGACGCUGACAGAUCCUCCUGACAACGGCAAGAAGAAUGUCUUGUUCAAGACGUCUUGUCUUAAGGAUACGCUAAGCCGAGAAGGAUAAGACACGAACUCUCUCAGCAAGAUUUGCCCCCUCACCGGCACGUCUUGCGGUACCACUCAACAAGUAACAUCGCCUCUCAAGAAGGGAUUAGAGGAGAUAGAGUCAUCCCUCCAGGUGGAGUUUGAGGCGGGAAUCGGACGAAAAUCACAAACUUUAGGACAUUCGAUGAAACAGACGUUUAUGCCAGUUGUUGCCAAGGAGGGUUCUUGAAACCAGGAUGUGUAGAUGGGGAUGCACUACCACGGAUACGAGCUACAUGUGUCGAUACUGUGGAACCCGGUAUUGCAAGGAAUGUCUACAUGGAGAGUUCCCGGGGGAGAUGAAGGCACCGGACAUAUGCCGCAUGUGCAAUCAGUCUAACUGUCAAGGCCAAAGGGUAGAAUACGUACCUGGGCACGAGUACCCACGAGAAGGGGACAAAAAACGCGGCAAAUCCGGCAAGAAAUCCGGCAAAAAGGGCAAGAAAUCCGGAAAGAAGAAGGGUAAAAAGUCCGGCAAGAAAGGGAAGAAAUCUGGAAAAAAGAAGAAAAAGAAGUAGCAAUAUUUUUUCUGGUUGUACUCCCUCGUCAUUAGAUGCUUUGGUAGGUUGUGGGCAUUGAAAGUCUUAUCAUCAUCAUCACAAUGUCCAUAACAUUAUAGAUAUUUAUAACAUCGUAAUGUGACUCUAUGUAUAUCUUAACUCAGCAAAAAUGGCAUCUGUAACUAUCUAUUGUCAGUAAAGUUUUGUGUCAGAAACAGGGUCAGAGGUCAAUGGCAAUGUGUAAUACCAAGAAAGAAUGUCGUCAACAGAUGUUUUAUCAGGGUAAGAUCAAGUUUGCUAGAGGCCUCUUCUUAAGAUGGAGAAAAGAUUUCUCACGAAGUGGAAUUAUUCUUACUACAAAAUGUAUCGAACUUUCAUUUCUUUUGUAACAAAGACAUUGUUAAUCUUCAUAUACAUGUAUCUACUUUUUGUUGAAUGAUAGAUUAGAUUGUUCAAUAUGUUGCUCUUUGUUAUAUUUGAUUGUUCUAAUGUCCUGUAAAUGUUUGUUCAAUGAAAAUGAAGGUGCUUUUGGACAUUAACA